UUUGGUUUUAAUCGACAGCACACUUCUUACGAUGGAUCUCGCAGCAUUUUCUGAGGAUAAUUUUGAUCCGAAAGAGUGGAUCAACAAAACUUUCAGAAACGCUGAGUCUCAGGUUUCGAAAGAGGCAUUUGUCCGGAACAUGGUAAAAAAAUUACAGCUCUAUGUGCAACAAGUUAACUGUUCUCUAGAGGAUACUAGCCAGCAAGUGCUAGCAAGUCUGCCACGUGUUUCUCAUGAAACAGAAGUGUUGUGUCACGAAGCUCGUUCUCUGCAAAAGAAGCUCCAAGAAGUUGAGGGCGAAAUUUCAAAGGUUAAGAAAAAUGCUGGAGAUUCCAUAGCCAGUCUAGAAGCAUUAGAUAAAAUUAAGAACAAGAUGCUAACAGCCAAACAAGCUCUGCAUGAAGCUGAUAACUGGUCUAUUCUGGCUGCAGAUAUUGAAGAGUUAUUUGAAUCUGGUGAUGUUGCUAGUAUUGCAGAAAAAAUUGAAAAUAUGCAGUCUUCUCUCAAUGCACUGACAAGUGUGAGUGACUUUGAAAACCGGAAAAUGCAACUUGAGGGCUUAAAGAAUAGACUGGAGGCCUUGGUUAGUCCUCAGUUAGUUCAAGCAUUCAGCUCUGGCUCUACAGAUGACUCAAUGAAGUUUGUCAAAAUCUUCAGUGCCAUGGACCGAUCACCAAACCUGUUGAAGUAUUACACCAAGUUUCAGAAAAGUCUCAUGUGUCAGAAGUGGCAUGAUACUGUAAAUUCGGAACAAGAGGAAACAGUUGCUGAUUGGAUGAAGAGCUUCUACUCCUAUCUUUUUUCAAAUUAUCACAGUUUGUCAUCUUGGGUCACCCAGGUAUUUACCCCAACAUCGCCCACAGAUAUGCUUUGCAAGCUUUAUGUAGAUGUUCACUUAAAUUUGCAGCCUAGUCUGAGCUCUUGCAUAAGCACAGGGCUUAAGCAGCAGAACCAACAGCUGAACUAUCUUAUCGAGCUGAAACAGAUAUCUCAGCAGUUCGCUAAUAAUAUGAAAUCUGUUAUUUCUGACAGAGCAAGUUUAGAGUCGAUUUACUCUGUAAUCUAUCAAGUCUACACUCCUUUCACAAGUGACUAUGCAAAACUGGAGAAAGAUGUUGUAGAACAGGAACUAUCAAAAAUCAGCUCAGAACGAGACGACUUAAUGGACGUCAUCCAAGGUUUCAGUCAAAAUAUUUCAAGCGUGAUGACUAUUGCAAAUAAUGUAGAGUCGCGCUGUUAUCAGUUCUCCAACUGUGCUGUCUUCUCCCAGUUGGUUCAAGUUCAGUCGACACUAUUCAUGAGCUAUUUGAAGCAGCAUUCAUCAAUUAUAGAUCAACUGGAAAGCAAAACCUCUCCGCAUGAGGAUUGGAACCUGUUCCAAAUGUGUCUCACUUUCUUGCAGUCUCUCGGUGAGUUCUUAAAUGAAAUAAAGCUCUAUGAGAAGGAUUUGAAGUCUAAAAUUACCAAUGCGUGGAAAUCAGCUGCUCUUGAAUCAUCUAGGUACAUUACCUCUGAAUUACUGCGGCGCAAAUUGGAGCAGCAGAUUUCAUCCCUCGAAGAUGAUCCUGAUGCUGAUAUAUUCAGCGAUGUAUUAAAACAAAUUGAAGAAAAUUGCAAAAAAGUUCAUAGCAUCACUUACAAAGUCAUUUUCUCCCCCAUUGCUGAGCAGCUGAAGCAUACAAAUGACAUUUGUCAGCAGUUCAGAGAAUCUACCCAAGAACUUCCUGAUUACAGUUAUGCCCCUCAAGAGUACGUCACUCAGAUCGGUGAAUACCUCAUUACGCUACCUCAACACUUAGAACCAUUUUUACUGAGAGAGAAUCCUGCUCUCGUAAGUGCCUUACGCUUGGCGGACUUAUCUUACCAAAGCAAUCAAUCUGCUGACUCAGCCAGUAUCCUGUUAAACAUGGUUGCUCAUGGCACCUGUUCUAAGUACAGCGAUCAUAUACUCUCAAUAGAUGAGCUUUUGUCAAGUCAUUGUAAACAACUCGUUGUAGACAUUGACUAUCUCGGGAAUGUUUUGGAAGAGCUAGGCGUUCACCUGACUGAAACCUUGCAGCAAAUCAAAACACUUCUUGGGCUGUCUCCUGAAACCUAUAAAACAGCUCAGACCAUGGGCGUGCCAGCAAAACUUGUAUCAGCAAUUCGACAAAUGAGGAACAUUGCAUCCACCGACUCAAUGGGUUAGCACUCUGUGGUGAACUCAAAAGCACCAUCUGACUCUUUGCUCUCAUCAGUUCUACCCGAUCUCAGCUUGUUCUUGACGUCAGAGCGAGUAGUUUCUUUACUGCGCAGGAGAAGUUGUACUUGUGAUGUAAUUGAAUUGAAAUCCAUCACUGAAAUAGCAUGUUCUCCCAUUUAUUCAUGGCAGAAUGAGAUAAGAAGCAGUUUUACGAUGAGGAUCGUGAGGUAACCUCACACCUUUCGAGAGAAACUGCUGUACAGGGUUGUCACAGUCAGGACUUACUGGGAAAAUUCAGAGAACUUUAAGAUGUCAGAGAAAACCUGGAAAUGAUAGGGGAAAUGACAAAAAAGUCAAUUUGUGAAAUCACCUUUAUUUGCUUGCUUGAAUGGCUUUGAUGUUACGAACAAUUAAGUUUGCCUGAAAACUAUUUCUAAUUAUGUCUUUUUAACCAUCUGGCAUAUUUUCAAUUGUCAGGGAAUUUUAUCAAAAUGUGGCAGGGAAAUUAAUUUUCUAAAUUCUAUGGCAACCCCGACUUUCCUCAUCUCAUGUUUUUUAGCAAAGAAAUUACCUUCCGGUUGAAAAAUUAUCUAACAUUUUUUUGUUCUUUUUUUUUCAUAAGAUUUUAUUGUUGAUUUUUUUAAGGCUAGUUUCUAUCAUUAAGACGGUUUUCAAUCACACAAAGGAAUUUAUGAUUUGUUUUUAAACAUAUUUUGUUUUUGUAUCAUGUUUUAUUUUAUUUUAUUUGUUCUGCAAUCCAAAAAUUCCAAAAGGCCUCGGAUUUUUUUUGUAAGAGGAAUUAUUUGAUGAUUCUGCACUUGUUCACAAGAGACAGGACUUCAGAAGACAGAAGUUCUUCAGAAUGAUCAAUAUUUAGGUGAUGGAGAAUCCUCUCUAAUAUCUUGGAGACUAAAUUGCACAUAGCUUAGUUCAUAUUUGAGCCAAUGAAAUUGUAUCGUAAUCUGAUGAAUUUGAACCCUGAACUUAUCAGAUAGGUGCAAUCAGCUUUUUUCUAGAGGAAUUAUUUUUUGAAUUGCUAACUUCCAACUGCCACGAUUUUGAAUUAAAUAAUUCAACAAUUUUGGACAUUUUAUUGUAUGCUGUAAUGUUUGUAAACUCCCUGUCCAACUGUCCUUUUAACUGCUGUAUCAGUGUAAAAAAAUGUGUCAAUCUUAAAUUUUUUGAUACUAAGGUCUCUUUUUUGUUGACCAACACAGUUGAAUCAUAUAAUAAUUCGAAAACAUGAUAUCUUCUUUGUUCUAUAA